GUCGUUUUGCUAAUUCUGAUUCUUCUUCAUUUACUCCCUGGUUAGUAGUUAGUUACGUUAACUUUUACCUUGCCUCGUUUCCGUAUCGGCCGAUUUAGUUUUGUUUUUUUAACCUUUUGGAUGCUCAUGGAAGUCUUUACCGGCGACCGGAAAAUACCCACAGACGACGUUGUCGGAUUCCCUGAUAACCUAACCCCCUUGGCUCAAACCGCUGACGACAUACUCUGUCCUAAUCCGACUGCCAGAGUUCAUCCUCAGCCAGAUGUUGGACGCUGUUCGCUCACUCUCCCUCAGAAGCUCCGUCCGAUUAGGUGCAACGGCCGAAACGUGACGGAGUACUUCGAGGAUCUUAACGGAGGCCUUGAUGGAGCCCUAAUGAGCUGUGACGGUGUUGUUUCGUCGUAUGAGUUAGGGUUUCUCACUCAGCUCUCAAGUCCGAAGCUUUGUGUAGGCAAUGGAGUACCUGAGGCGUGUGGUGGUGUUCUGCCGGGAAAUAGUAGCGUUAGUCUUGCUGGAAAUACUCCGGCGGUGUUGGUGCAGCAAAUGAAGUCGGAGAUGGAAGCUGAGUGUAUGAAUAUAGUCUCUAAGGCACGAAUUUUGGAGGCUGAAUUGAGCUCAUCUUCAGAGGAUGGUGACAAAUCAUCCAAAGCCAUCAAAGAACCUUUGAAUCAGAAGAGGAAGAGGAAGAGGAAAACAAGGAAAAAACUCAAGUUAUUUCUGGAGAAUAUGAUGGGGAGAGUUAUGCAAAAGCAGGAGCAAAUGCAAAAACAGUUUAUAGACAUGAUAGAGAAGAAGGAACAGGAGAGAAUCAUCAGAGAAGAGGCUUGGAAGCAGCAGGAGAUGGAAAGAGCAAAGAAGGAUGAGGUGAUGAGAGCCCAAGAAACAUCUCGUGGUCUAGCCCUCAUAUCCUUCAUUCAGAAUGUGUUAGGCCAUGAAAUUCAAACUCCUAAGCCAUUGGAAAUCUUAUGCCCAGAAAGAGAUGAAGGUGAAAUUCACAAUCAAGAAGAUUCCAAGUGUGAUCCAAGUAAUUGGAGAUGGCCAAAAUCUGAAGUACAAGCGCUCAUAACGGUGAGGACUGCUUUGGAUCACAAGUUCCUAAAGGGCCCUAAAUGCAGUGUGUGGGAAGAGGUCGCUGCUGGAUUAUCUAAUAUGGGCUAUAGCCGGACUGCAAAAAAGUGUAAAGAGAAAUGGGAAAACAUAAACAAGUAUUAUAAACGAACAAUGGAGAAUGGAAAGAAGCGUCCUGAUAGUGGUAAAUUAUGCUCCUAUUUUCAUGAAUUGGAUGUCCUAUAUAAUAGUGGACUCAUUAGUCCGGCUAAUGCCUCCAACUUCGUGGAGAAUGAGAUUGAGGACAAUACUGUAAAGGAGUAAAUGUGCAGAAACUUCAACUCAGGCUUUGCUUAUAGCUACAAAUAGCCUACAAUGUUAGUGACCUGAUGAACACGAUGUGAGACAUCUAAUGUAGAUUCUCUGUACCUGGAGGUCAUUUCCAGUAUUCUUCUGUUACCUUUUAGGUUUUUGCUGGUAAACUUUGUUUUUAGCUUACUGGUGGUUUUUGUAUUGGGAGGUGUAUUUCUGUUGACUUAAUAUGCAUUCUUUGGAGUCACGGUUCUGGUUUCUACCAAGAAUAAAAUCCAUAAUUGCUUGAGGAAUGUUAACAGUAACCAUUCCUUUUCCCUAUUUUUUUGGUUUUUCAUAUUAAGG